AUGAGCAAACGGUCUCAUUCACGAAAUGCGAUCGACUUGAGCGAGACUAUCAGCGAACCUGAAUCCGUCAUUAACUUCAACGAGAACGUGUACCUCAACAUGCAAAAUGCUGCUAUAUCCACUGCGACUUACGUAGGACAGGCUCGACAAACAAUAGAGCAGCUAUCGACGAAUAAAUACAGAUGGAUCGCAACUCCACCAUGUGUGCAUGACGUUGACGCAUCCAGGGUUCUAGACGCGAUGCUGAGGAACGCUCACGGGACCGGUGGCGAAAGCUCCGAACGUUAUACUGCCUGUGCUAUUUGUGCAUGUCCUGAGAUCCACGAGCAAGUCAAUCUCGCAAGCAUUUGGUUCAUGUAUCUGCUCUGGCCAUUCACAGCCGGAACCCUUCAACCAUCAGACUUGGUUUCUGGUCAGGCCACGCCCGACACCUAUGGCAGCCUGGUAAGUGCCAGUCCGGAACAGAGUAGCAGAUUCAGGACCGAUGUUAAUCGACGAGACGGUUAUAGAUGCGUUAUUUCAGGUGUCUGGGAUGGAGCACACAAACCCGCUGGUGUCAAGCAGGGUUGGGUAACCUUACAAGCAACGCACAUCCUGAAACGGACUGUCGGGGGUUUCACCAUGGACCGGGCGCAUACCGCGGCUGCAACGUGGAAUAUCAUCCGGCAUUACUCAGGAAUGUCCGAAGAAACUAUUCAAAACAUGGAAAGGCUUGCAGACGACCCUUCUAAUGCCAUGAUGCUCCAACACGAUAUCCACGAUAUUUUUGACAAGCUGAAAGUAUACCUCGAGCAGACGGAGCGAGAAAACGAGUACACAGUCAAGGACGUUGGGGGCGGGCCGUGGAUACACCCUCUCGAGCUCCUCGGUAAAACCAUCACCUUCCGGAAUCACGAUAGCCCUACACGAGACCUACCAUUACCCAACCCUCAUUUCAUCGCACUACACGCAGGCAUCUCCCGAAUUUUACAUAUGAGCGGCGCAUCCGAGGUAUUCGCACAGAUCUUGGACAAAUAUGAUGGGGCAGCAGGUGGUAAUGUCGCGAGUCUGAAAAGCAAUGGAGAUCCGGUACAUCAACUAUCUUCAAUGAUGUCUGCCCUGUUUAUAGGCGCUUCAUUGAUUACUUAGUGCCUCGCAAUUACAUGGUUCGACAAGGACGGCAAAGUUAAUAAUGACAUGAGUUAUGGUUAUGUUAUGUUAAUGCAAUCGCAAAUGUCAAACAAGAU